GUUAGUGUAUAAUAACACGUGAUUUUCAUGACAAAGAAAUAUACAAUUUAUUGAUUACUUGUUCCUUAAGGAGAAGAAAUAUCUAGAGUAAAUAGGUAACAUUAUAUGCACAGUAUGUCUUCAUGGCAAACGGUAGCUGGUUACAAAUCUACAAACAAAAGAUCUACAUCUAAACCUGGGAAUUCUGUUCAGACAUUGCUUGCAGCAAAAGUGGAUAAGGAUAAACCAUCACCUAAAAAACGAACCCAUUCAGACGUAUCCAGUGACUCAAACAAUAGUUUAGACUCAUCUGGUAUAAAGAACUUUCAAAAAGAUAUUGACGACAUUAAAUCAAAACUUGAAGGUGUGACAAGGAGAGAGGACCUUGAUAGAGUAACAAAGGAUCUGAUAAAAACUAGUGAUGUUGAGGAAGUAGUUACUGUAAUUGUUAAAAAGCUGAUGAAUGAAUUUGAAAUAACUGUACAAAACAAGAUUGAUGAAAAAGUUGAAGAAGUUAAAAAUGAAAUGCAGGAAAAAUUGCAUGUUUUAGCUAUAGAAAACGAAGACCUAAAGAAACAGCUCCAAGAUAUACAGUAUCCAAAUACAACAAUAAUAAGAGACCUUAAUAAAACAAGUCGACUUUCAAAACAGGCUGAUAUAAGUAGCAAUUACAACGAGCAGUAUUCGAGAAAAAAUAACAUUAAAAUACUUAAUUUUCCAAGAAAGGAACAUCAAGAUCUAAGAAAGGACUUUAUGGAAUUUGUCAAAACAGACCUCAACGUUCAAUUGGAAGAUAGAGAUGUGGUUGCAAUCCACCGUAUACCGUCACAAAAAGUUGGGCCCUAUCCAGUUAUUGUUAAACUAUUCAAUAGUGAUGUAAAGCGUAAGAUUAUGAGAUGUAGAAAAGAAUUGACUAGUAAGAUUAAAUUUGUGGAUAACGUUACUCAAAGAAAUAUGGGCUUAAUUAAAAGACUUAGAGAAACGGAAGAAUUUGAAUCUGUCUGGUAUUAUAAUUGUGGAAUUUAUGGUAGAACUUUUUCAGGACUUCAGCUAAAAUUUGGACUAUAUGACGACAUUCAUUACAGACUACAACAAGGGAAAUAGAUGUUAUGGGAAUAGAACUUAGACCUCACAGACAGAUUGAGAAUUCAACUUCGCUGCUGAUAAUUGACUGAACUUAUGAUAUUUGUGCUUAUUUCCCCUUCUUUGUAUAAAAAAAAAUCAAAGUUAUCUCCCUUAUAAUUAUACUAGGUCAUGAUUUUGUUUUCUACAUUUUAAAAAUUCAAGUAUUAUGCACAUUUAUCGUCCCUCCCUUUGCCUUUAUCACCCUGCUGAGUCGCUCAUUUUUCCUCGUAUCACGUACGGCUUUGAUACGUGACCAGGGUAGCGUUCAAUAUUCUAGCAGCUAUUUCUAAGACAUCUAUGUAUGUUAAACGAUAAGAUGGUAGCUAGUCUAUCAUAAUGACGUCACGAGUAAUAACCUUUCCGACGCCAUUUUGGAUUCUCUAGAUAGCAUACAUUUUUAAGGCUAUCUAGAUCUAGUUAGCGGCUAGGCUAACUACACGUUCAGUAGUCAAAAUCUACGUUAUGUUAUAAGAUGUUAUAAGCAACGCCACAAUGUCUGAUGAGAAGUUAUCAGCGACGUCAUAAUGUGUGAGGAGAAGUUAUCAGCGACGUCACAAUGUCUGAGGAGAAGUUAUCAGCGACGUCAUAAUGUGUAAGGAGACGUUAUCAAGCUUCUUUUCGUCAAGCGUAGAACUGUCUAAGGGAGGGAAAUAGGUCAGUAAUAAAACGAUAAACAGAUUAUCGGAUUUUCUACGUAUAGAUAUCGUAAAAUAUCAGCCGCUACGCUCACUCGCCAACAAGGUUCACAUUGUAGCUCGCGGCUGAUAUUUUACGAUAAAAUGUAGAAAACCCGAUAAUCUAUACAUAUCUUGAUUUUUGUUAAACUAGUAUUGUCACAGUGUUAGUUUAAUAUAAUGCAAGCUGCAAAAACUAAAAAAUUUCAACGAGAAAUUCAUCGAGGCUUAACAUAUUGAAAUACAUUUUUCUUUUAAUAGUAUACUUGUAUGUUACAUGUACCUAUAAUUUAUGCUAUGAAAUGCAUGUGUUAAAAGUAUUGAAUUUCACUAUUGGUUCCUGUUUGAAGAUUAUUAGUAUAUGUAUGUUGAGAAUUUGUAUACUGCUUCAUCUAGAUGAUAUUUUGUGCAAUUUUUAUCUAUUUAUCACUGUAUGUCAUGCGAAUGUAUGAGGGUUUGUAAAAAUGUAUACUUUUUGAAAUGAUAAUAUAUACAUAAUUCAAACAA